GUCUGGCUGUGGCAGUAUAAGGCAUGUCGCAGUCAGUGGUGGCAGUAUUCACAGAGCGAGGCUGCUGCAGGACGGAUGGCGAGCGCUUCAUUCACACCCAUGGGCAGCGGAUUUGUAAAUGCUUUUUAAGGAAUCCAGAGGCGCCAGCAGCGGCGGCCACCUAACCCGCUCGGGGUGCUGCAAAUUCUCCGAGUUUACCGCAGAGCCCCCCUGGCUGCUCUGACCGCAGCUUGUUGCAUACUUAGAAACUUUAAUCUGAGGUACCCUUAGCAGGAGCCUAUAAAAUCAUUGCAAUAACAAUGUAUAUCCAGGAGUCUGAGUUUACCAUGAUGGAGGAAGGCUUUGUUGCCAGGGAUCUGAUGGAGGAAAUUAUUAACGAUGUCUCUCAGACUGAUGAUAGAGAUGCGUUUUUUGUUGCUGACCUGGGAGAUGUGGUGAAGAAACACUUGCGCUUUCUGAAAGCUUUGCCACGUGUGAAGCCGUUCUAUGCCGUGAAGUGUAACAGCAGCAGAGGUGUGGUGCAGAUACUUGCUGAGAUGGGAGCUGGAUUUGAUUGUGCCAGCAAGACAGAGAUUGAACUAGUCCAGGGAAUUGGAGUGAAGUCGGAACAUAUCAUUUAUGCAAACCCUUGCAAGCAAAUCUCCCAGAUAAAGUAUGCAGCCAAGAGUGGGGUCAACAAGAUGACCUUUGAUAAUGAAGUGGAGCUGUCCAAAAUUUCAAGGAACCACCCGAAUGCCAAAAUGGUUCUGCGCAUAGCCACAGAUGACUCAAAGUCUUCUGGCCGUCUGAGUGUUAAGUUUGGGGCACCUUUAAAAGCAUGCAGACACCUCCUUGAAAUGGCUAAAAAUCUCAACGUAGAGGUCAUUGGUGUAAGUUUUCAUGUGGGUACUGGAUGCAGUGAUCCUCAGGUAUAUGCUCAGUCCAUCGCCGAUGCCCGCUUGGUCUUUGAAAUGGCAUCUGAAUUUGGGCACAAAAUGAGCCUACUUGAUAUUGGAGGGGGUUUUCCUGGUACAGAGGACUCUAAAAUCAGAUUUCAAGAGAUUGCAGAUUUAAUAAAUCCAGCAUUGGACCUGUAUUUCCCAGAAAGCUCUGCCGUGGACAUAAUUGCUGAGCCAGGGAGGUAUUAUGUGGAAUCUGCAUUCUCCCUGGCUGUUAACAUCAUUGCCAAGAAAGAAGUACAGAUGGAAACAUCUGGAUCAGAUGGUGACGAAAUUGGCCUCAACAAAAACAUAAUGUAUUAUGUUAAUGAUGGAGUCUAUGGAUCCUUUAAUUGCAUCUUCUUUGACCAUGCACACCCGAAACCCAUACUUCAUAAGAAGCCUUCCCCAGAUCAGCCCAUCUACAGCAGUAGCCUUUGGGGACCAACCUGUGAUGGUUUGGAUAAGAUCGCUGAACAUCUCAACCUGCCUGAACUGUAUGUUGGGGAUUGGCUUUUAUUUAAUAACAUGGGAGCCUAUACAGUGGCGGCAUCUUCCACUUUCAAUGGCUUUCAGCAAACCCAGAUCCACUAUGCCAUGCCAAGGGGGGCCUGGGCAGCUGUACAGCUGUUGAAGAGAGGAUUCCAGCAGCUUGAAGGGAAAGAGACUGUCUGUACACCUAUGUCCUGCGGAUGGGAAAUCUCAGACUCCCUGUGUUUUCUCCAUACCUUUACUCCUACUGGCAUAAUUUGAAUUCCUUUGCUAAUGGGACUUUCCUUUUUUGUACUCUAACAUUUGGCAUGUUG